CAAGGGUAUCUCUCAUAUGCGUUUUAGCGCGUUGUACACGAGGUGUGGAGGUCGCUGUUUAGCGAGAAGUGAAAUCAGUCUUGAAGGGCUGUCUUCAGUCCAUCGUUUGAAGCGAUGUCUUCGAUUCCGAAGCUUAGGUUUCAGACAAAGUUAAGGGCGAGUACAGGAAGAGACAAUGCAUACGUAGACAUACCAGUGAAUUCGGACGAGCUGCUGUUGCCGAGGAGGCACCUAGCGUUGAAAAGUGAGGAGAGGAUUUAUAUGAAUCCUAAUAUGGAAUUGAAGCUGGAGCCUUACAGAAGAUUGCUUGAGAGGAAAAUAUCAUCGAUUUCUGUAGGGAAGGAUCGAGAAUUGGCAGGAAUGGUGGUAGAUAUGGUGCUAUGUCCGGUGAUAGUAAAGGGGACAGUGCAGAAAAAUCUGCAGGUGGUGAAGGAAAUGUUAGAGGUUAGGGUUGGUCCAGAGGAAGUGGACAGAUUGUUUGUGAAGAGGAGAGGGGGGGGGUCAGGACGUGAUAGGAGAAUGGGAACACCAACUAGAGAUGCUAAAAGAGAAGAGCCAUCCUGUGUAUCGAGCGGAAGAUUUUGAAGAUGAGAAGAGUUAUGAGGAGUGGAAAGCAGCGAGAAUGAGCGAGCUAGGGAAGAGAAUGGAGAAGAUGAAGAGUCGUCGUCCUUUUGAAGGGAUGAUAAAGGUGAGUAUGAGUAGGGCGAGGGAGGUGGCAUUGGGGAAGGGUGCGGUGAAAGUGUACUACGUAGUGAAAGUGGGGGGAGAAAAAAGAGAUUCGAAGAGAGUAUCAUAUAAGGGGGAAGGAGAAUUGGAAUUCGAAAAGGAUGAAUUUUCGUUUUCGGUGAACGAGAGAGACAGUCGAAUAAAGAUAGAUGUAUGGUACAGGAGGUAUUUAUCUUCUGUACUGGUGGGAAGCGUUAAGACAAAUGUGAAUGAGUUAAUGUGGGAGGAUCAGCCGGUGGAGAGAUGGUGGGAGUUAGAAUCGUCUACAGGGGGGAAGGAGGUGGCAAAGGUGUAUGGGGUUAUUGAGACAUCAUACAAAAUAGGUUCUGUACUAGGAGGGAGGAAAGAAGAAGUAAAUGGUCCGAAAUGGUACGUCUGUUUAAUGUACAUAGUAUUGAAGUACGAGUGCAGGGAAGGAGAAUUGGAAAGAGGAAACAGUGAGAACGUGAUCUCUUCGUUUGGGGGAACGGGUACGUCGACCAGCGGGUCUAGCUUUGAGGGUCCAGGUGAGGGUCCGAGUCAGUUAGGGGAAUGGGGAAAAUGGGUGCUGGACGAGUUUGCAGACCGGUAUUUCGUGGAUCCGACAUACAAAAAAUUGGUGUAUAUAGAGCUGUUAGUAGAAUGGUUUAAUCCAAGAUCGGUGAGGUAUUUGGAAACCUUGCACGAUUCAUUGGUGGAUUUGGUGGCAUGGAGAGAAGCGGAAGCAGCUACGUGGGGCCCCGCGGGGGAAUUGUACGAGAGGGUGGUGGGAGAGAGUUUAGAGGGGAAAUUAAGAGAGACGCUCUGCAGAUACUUUGAAUGGUUUCCCCGGAACGAGCCAGAAGGAGCGUUAUCGUUGAUAGUGGUGUUGUAUUCUGUGGUGAUGAGAUUGGAUGUGGGCGAGAUGAUGAGGAGGCUGAGCGAGGGGAUAAAGGAGGAAAUGGAGAUGAAGUACAAAAGGGUGGUAGAAGAAAGGUUGGUGGAAGAGAGUGUGAUAGAAGCAUGUCAAUUCGUGUCUUAUGCGAUUGAGCAGGACGAGAGGUAUUUUGAGGGUGUAUUUCCGAUGGAGUUGGGGUUGCUGCAGUUAUCUGUAGAGACAUACUACGAGUUGUUGUGCAGAGACGUAAGGAGCUUAUUGAAAAAUUCGUUGGCGACAGUGGAGGAUAUGAUGACGUUGUAUGAGAGUUUGGAUGCGUUGAACAAAAAGUUGUCAAGGCUGGGGGGAGUGCAAGUGGAGGUGAUGCAGUUGAAUCGGGUGUUUCAGCCUGGGGUAGAGAGGUGGGUAAGAAGGAUUGACAGGCAGUUGCCGGAAUGGUUUAAGAGUACUUAUAUGAAAGAGGAGACGUGGGUAGCGGUGUCGGCGAACGACCCGAAGUGCGCAUUGUUGCACGCGCGAUCGGCGCAUGUGUUAUUUGAGGUAUUUGGACAGAUUUACAAAAGGUACAGGAUGUUCGACACGAGGUUGGCGAGGGACAUGCAAAAGUUGGAGAGCGUGUUUACGAAUGCGGUGGAAACAUACAUGGUGGCUAUUGUGGAAGGGGCGUGCGAAACAUUUGAGGUGAUGUGUGUGGGGGAGUGGGGGAUAAAUAGGUUUUGCUCCGGAGGAGAGGUGUUGCCAUUGAUCGCAGAGGAGAAGCACAAUGGAGAAGCAGGCACAAAUGACCCUCGCAUCCUGACGAAGAGUUGCGUGUGGAUAUCGACGCUGGAGAUGAUGACAAAGAGGCUGUACGAGUUUCAAAGGUGGAUGAAGGCGGACGAGGGAAAGGACGACGAGACGAGACAAUACUUCGAGUCGACGUUUACGGAGUUGGUGGGAAUCGAGCAACAAAUUUGCGAGUUGGUGGUGCGAAGAAUCAAUUCCAAUCCUAGGCUGGAGUCAAUUAUCGAGGGGCUGAUAGGGACGCCCGACUGAGGUGAAGCUGACAGAGAAGUAUGCGCUGAGUCGUCUUGGGCCUUUGUUCGAGUAUAUCAACGAGAGCGUGGACAUGUUGUGUCAGAACUUGGAUAUGAGCGUGUUGUUGAGACUGUUGGAGAGGCUGUGGAAGGUAUUGGUGAAGGAUUUGAAGGAGUGCUUAUUUUUUGUGUUCGGAAGGAAAGGAGCGAGUCGGAAAGACGUGCAGUUCAUACAGUUUGCAUUCCCUUUAUUGGUGCAAUUUUUCCAUGCGUCUGGAGAAGGAUUGUCGCUGGAGUUUUUAGAGCUGGAAUCGGAGGUAAUCAAGUGCGCGUUUGCGAUCAUGAGGAUACCUACAAGUGGAUCUGUCUCGCGUGUGUCGAUUUAGUGAACGGCCUGACACUUCAGGAUUUACCUGGAGUGGGAACGGUGGACAAAGUGGUGAUAGAGUCAAACAUCAUAUCGGUAUUGGGAUCGAGAAGUGAGAAGGAGGCGAAGAAGUUUUUGAAGUCGCAUCAUUCUGAAACCAUAGCGAGGCUAGUUCUGAAGACGUUCGAUUUGCCGUCAACCGAGACGGUAGAGAACUGGUUUUGUAGUCCCUCGAGCAGCGUUUCGAACAGUUUGGGGUACCUGUGCAUAACUACAAAUUAUAUUUGUUACAGUUCAAACGUUUGGGAAAAUUAUCGUUUCAAAGUUCAAUUUUCACAGGUGCGAAGCUAUGGCCGAAAAAGGGUGUCUGUAUCGAUGCAUUUGGUUACAUUAUGGCUUGUGAAUGGGCAACACAUUUGCUUUUGGCUGAACAAGGUUAAAAUCUACGAUUACGUUGUGUCUCAGUUUGAAAAGAGAGGUUAUGUUCUUGAAGCGAUUCCUGGCAAGGAGAGCAAAAAAAGUGAUUAUCGUCUUCCUUCUAUUAGGGAUGUUAUUUCCAUAGCCGGAUCGAAUCGCGUAGACAAUCAAAAGGAGUGCCUUUCUAUGUUCAAUUUGCCCAAAGACGACCAAGGAAUCGCGUUUUAUGAGUGUUGUCUCAAAAAAUCCAAAAAGCUUCAUCACGGUCAACUUUAUCUUUUUAUCAGUUCUUUUUGCUUUUACGACAAAAAAAAGUCCAAGAAAUGGACCUUUCCCUGGUCGUCGAUCACCGGAUUCCGACAGGCUGGUCCGGAUAUCAUCAUCCAGACCAAGAAGAAGCGUUAUACCAUUUGCCAGCUCCAAAAUCCCGACCAAGUUAUCGCUCUUCUUCGCACUAUUGCGCCGUCCGUUUGAAGGGUAUGUGUGCUAUCGCUGCUUCUCUCAUUAAGCAUACCAUCUGUAGUACGAUUUAGGCAAUGUACACGACAUUUCGCACUCUCCGUGCAUCUCUUGAAACAUCUUUUUCGAAACUUCGUGAGGUUUUUGGAACUUCAUCGGCGACUCGGGUCCCCCUUCAUCCCAUGCCUCCAGCAGCAAACUCGGUCCAACGUGCCACGUCUUUGACAGCUUUGGCACUUCGAUAGGCACUGAGCACGCCAAUUGUGGUGAAUAUUCCCUUUGCCAUUCGACUUCUUCUUCCUUCUCCUCUUCCUCUCUUUCCUCUAUCGGCACUUUCUGCUCAGACUCCUCAUCAAAGACGAAUAUUCGAAAGCAGGCAUUUUCUCUGGAACUUUUCGUAAUCAGUCUCACACUUCACAAACGGCCGCAUUCUUCUACAACACAUACGUAUCUAUGGUCACCUUCUCCAAGACACCCAUCUCCUUUCCUCAUCUCCCUUGCCGACGAAGUGCCACUUUUCUUUCCCUGCGCAUAUCUAACAAAGGAUCAGCCCUCUUCUCGCGAUGGCGUACCACACUCGCCCCUUCCCGCAUACCGUCCACGCCCUUUCCGCACCCUCUGAGUCUCCGACAACGAUGGACGCCGCUUUUGGAGGAAGGAAAAUUAGCCUCUCGGAAGUUCAAGAAAAAUUUUUUUGCAUACAUUCUAGGCUUAGAGAGCCGAACGGGUUUUUUGAGUGCUGAUUUAAGUAACCGUAUAUCUGGCGUUCUGCUGGUACGAGUUUGAACCACCUUUCCUCGUACGUUUUUUUCGAGUCGCCAGUCUGCCAGAGCAGAUGUCCUUCCAUUCAACUACUCUCCUUGUUUUCCGCACAAGAACAGAAGAUAUGAACCAACCUCAAUGGGAAACAGAAAGAGAUACAUGUAAAUUCGCCAAAAAAAAAUACGUUUCGUCGAACUUUUAUUUUUUUGUGAAAAGCAGUCAUAGAUCUAUGCCUCGUUUUGCACACUUUCGAGAGCCCUUUCCCUCUCAAGUUUCGCCCUGUAAUCAAACAGAAAUGCCUCUCGUUGAAUCAGGCAAUCCUGAAUCGUCAACUCUGUCAUCAAUACGA